AUGGCGCCCGGAAUGUCCCUUUUCUCCGUCAACGCCAUAGUAAUCCUAAGCGACGACGGAUCGCGGGUAUUUGCCAAAUACUACAACGCACCCCACCAAGCGCCCUCAGCUACAGGCGGAUCCUCUGCCAACGGCCCCUAUCCAGAUGUCAAGUCACAGAAGUCGUUCGAGAAGGGUCUGCUUGAGAAGACGGCCAAGCAGACUGGCGACAUCAUCCUCUACGACAACCGAAUCGUGCUGUACAAGAUGGAAUCGGACGUCAUGAUGUAUGUCGUCGGUGGAGUUGACGAGAACGAGGUGCUGCUGUACAACGUCAUCUUGGCCCUGAGGGAUUCCCUGCACCUGCUAUUCAAGCAAUCCGUAGACAAGCGAACCAUGAUCGAGAACUACGACUUAGUGUCCCUGGCUAUCGACGAGAUCGUAGACGCCGGCAUCAUCCUCGAGACAGACCCCACCAUCAUUGUGCAGAGAGUCAGCAAGGCCCCGACGCAAGACGUCAACCUCAGCCGCAUCGACCUAAGCGAGCAAGGAGUGAACAACCUAGCACAGUUGGGAAAGGCCAAGUUGACAGACUGGCUGCGGCAGGGGCUUUGA